GGAGCAAGUCUUGGACCGCUCCUCCCUCCCCGGACCACUGCCCUCCCCGGGACCCCUGCCCUCCCUGGGAAACCACCCCCCCCCCCCGGGCCUGGGCACUGGACCCCUGCCCCCUGGGCCCGGGCACCCGAGACCUCCAUCCCGGACUCCCGCCCUCCCCGGGCCCCCCGCCCUCUGCCCUCCCCGGGCCCGGACACCGGACCCCCGCCCUCCCUGGGCACCUGGUCUCCGGGCACCGCCCCCUGCCCUGCCCGGGCACCGCCCCCUGCCCUCCCCAGGCACCCUCCUCACCUCCCCCCACCCCCCCCACAAGUCUCCUCCCUCACACUCGGCGCGGAAGUGCGAGCCGGGGAGCAGCGAUGGAGGAGCGUGUCCCGGCACCGGGAGAGGAGCAGCUGCUGCGGGCUCUCGGGGAGCUGUCGCAAGCCGGCCGGAGGAUCCUGGUGGCGGCGAGGGAGGAGAGUAGCGCAGAUAUGGUCCAAGAGUUUGUCUCCCAGAAGAUAGGCUGUUUGGCUGGACUGAUUCCGCUGUAUGCUAACUUUUUCAACAAUUUGUGUCUGCGGAAGAGAAGUGAUGCCGAAGAUCUGUUCAAGAAGUUUUACCACUCUGCCUCUGUACGGGAUCAGGUGGAAGACUUGCUGGAGUUUGAGGUGGAGUGGAACAAUUUCCUUGGUGAUAUUGAUAGUCAAAUGAAGGCUAACUCUUUCCAGGCCCAGCUGAGAUUGGGCGCACAGGUCCCUGGGUGCCUGGUGUUCACUGAUGUAAGAAGUGAAAGAGAAGUUCAACUCAAAGAGUUCCUGCAAGGUCAGAAGUUGCUGCUGGUCUUGCUGAGGCAUUUUGCCUGACUACCGUGACGAGAUCACCUGGUACAGCUACAGGCACAACAGAGCUGCCUUGAUGCUGUGCCCCUGAAGGUCUUGCUGAUCUCGUUUGGGUGUCGGGAUGGAGCUGUUCAGUGGCUUCAGGAGACCAAAUGUCCCUAUGACAUGUUGCUGGAUCCCAGUCGGCAGUUGUACCAUGCAUUUGGAUUGGGAGUAUCCAUUCAAAAGGUCUGGAAUAUCGAUGUGGUUACUUAUUACGCCGAGCAAAUAGUCAGCAAUCGGACCUUACCAAAAAAAAAUCAAAGCAUUUCUGAUGAUCCGCACCAGCUUGGUGGUGACUUUGGUUUGAAUCAACAAGGGACCAUCAUUUUCUUCCAUCCGAGCGCCAACCCAACUGACCGACCCAACGUGGCAGAAAUAUUGAAAGCCAUGCAAUAAAGCUGUUUCCGUAGAGUAACAAGAAGCUGGAGAGAAAAAAAUGAAAUUCUUUAGCUGUAGUUUUAAUAACCUUGAUUCUGCAUUCCCGCUUAUUGCUAGACUAAUUGAUACAAGACAAAAUAACAGGCAAAUGAUAAGCCUAAUACCAUAACGCAGCAAGAGUUCUACUUUCUUCAUUUUACUUGUCUAAUUGAGGAUGGGAGUUCCACCAAUGUUCAAGAGAAGAUUGGAUUAAGUUUGUUCCACCAGAAUUUCCUCGUAGUAAGUGGGCAGGAAGGAUCCCCUGAGCACAGGGUACGGUGGAGAACCAACUGGAAGUGUUUGGGGAAGGAGAGGGGGAGAAAUCACAUAUCGGUAAUGAUAAUUUGUCCCUUAAUGAAUACGAAAUGGCUGGGAUAAAUUGAAAUUAAAUAUCUGCAGAAUAUUUCUUUUGUGUUACACCCAGAGGUUUGAAGAGGAAGAAAUGUAGUUCCAGAAAAAUAAAUUUAGAACAUAAUGUGCUGGGAUUACAUUGGAUCUGAACUGGGAAAGGAUGAGUUAAAUUUUCAUUAGAAUGGCCUUGGGAAGUUUGGUUCAUUUUUCUCUGGUGUCUCUUGAAUUGAAGUAAUUGUCAGGAUCUGUGUGUGUUCAGUGGGAGGUACUGAGCAGUGUUUGCUGUUGCAAUGAGAAGGGAGUCAGGUCUCAGCCUGUUUUAUGUGGAUGACAGUGGUGCUAUCACUCAGGGUCUCUGAAUGGCGCUGCUCGAUGCAAUUGUAAAACAGACAGGGGCCUCACUUUUAAACAAAGUGUCAUCUUGAAAGUGUAUGGGUUGUAAAUGAUAAGUGAAGGAUGGAAUUAUUUCUUUAAAUAAAAAUCAAAUAAAUCCUGACUUUGUGGAGUCCUGUGGCUGCAGAAAACCAAAUGUUGCAUUUUCUGUAAUGGUCUAUGAAAUUUUCUUUGCAAAUCAAUAAACACUGUGCAAGA